AUGAGUGAAGCGGAAUUGCUUUCCGAACUUUGGUCGAUUCUUGGUGGUAACAAUGUAGAAAAAACAAUCUUCAAGAAUAAUCUAAAGUUACUUAAAAAUCUCGAUAAUCAAAGAAAGGUUGCGGUUGAAAGAAUCGCUUUAAUCAUGGGAUACCUUGACAAGUUCCAACAUCAAUUAGAAUUUUUACGCGAAGAAACAGUAACACGUCUUUUGGUUGAUAUUCCUCUUGAAAUCCAUCUAACGAAUGUGAAAAAGGCUUUAAUGAGAUUACAAAAUAAUGAAAUUACCGGUGGUGUAAAAAUGGAUAAAAUCAACGGAGUAAUUGAAAUUAAAACUCAGCAGACCAUUUAUUAG